AAAGAUAAAUUUAAAAAAAUAAUACUCAAACAUCAAAGCCAAACAGUUUUAUAAUAAUAAUAUCAUGUUUCGUGGGUACGAAAUUUGUGUUGAUUUUCGUCCCACUCCGGUAUUUAUCAGGUACAUAGUAUAGCAUUACGGCGCUUUACAACCUUGCCGUCGAAUAUAGUGAUAGGUGUGGGUCGGAGGAUUAAUCGUGUCGUUCCCGGAUGUGUUUAAUUGAACGAGAUUUGCAUAUGUUUAACGCACCGUUUUAAUGGACGCACACCUAUUGGCCAACUAUAUGAUCUUCUAACUUCUUUAUUUUAUUUUAUUUUUUUUUAUGCUGCGAUCACGAAUUGAUGAUAUUUUAAUUCGCGAUUUUAAUGUUUCGAAUCGUUUAUAAAGCCUCUUAUCAGCUCGUAGUUUUCCUCACUCAGUGAUCGCGUGUUAGGUUUUAGUAUUCUGGCAAUUAUGGUAUUAAAUUAUAAAAUUAAAAAAAAAAUUAGUAGCUUAUCUCAUAUCUGUGAACAGUAUAAUUGAACACUAUCACAGUAACACUCGGGGCCUCUAGGGUAUAUGUGUGCGUGUGUAUUUAUAAAUGUUGGGUGGAAUUAAACUGUUACAACAGUCAACCGCUAUAUUCAACAAAGUCAGAAUGGCUUCUUCAAAUUCUUGUGGUUUUAAAGCAGCGGUUUUGCAAUUGACUGUCUCAGGUGACAAAUCUGCGAAUGUAGCCAAUGCAUUGAAACGUAUACAGCUAGCAAAACAAAAUGGAUGUACAUUGGCUAUAUUACCAGAAUGUUUCAAUGCACCAUACAACACUGCUCUAUUUAGACAAUAUUCUGAAGUUAUUCCUGGCGGUGAAACAUGUAAAGCUUUGUCUCAAGCUGCUAAAUCAAAUCAAAUGUAUAUUGUAGGUGGUUCAAUUCCAGAAAUAUGUGAUGACAAUGUUUAUAACACAUGUACUGUUUGGGAUCCUAAUGGAAAUCUUAUAGCUAAACAUAGAAAAAUGCAUUUAUUUGAUAUAAAUAUCCCUGGCGGUAUAUGCUUCAAGGAAUCCGAUGCCUUAAGUCCUGGAAAUUCACUCAAUACAUUUAAAUUAGGAAAAUUUAAAAUUGGUUUAGGAAUUUGUUACGAUAUUCGAUUUUCUGAAAUGGCAGCGUUAUACCGAAAAGAAGGAUGUGAUAUGUUAAUUUAUCCUAGUGCCUUUAAUAUGACAACUGGCCCUUUACACUGGAGUUUAUUGAUUAGAGCUAGAGCUGUUGAUUGUCAAGCAUUUGUAGCCGUUGCUUCACCAGCCAGAAUUACUAAUUCCAACUAUGUAGCAUGGGGGCAUUCAAUGAUUGUAGAUCCAUGGGGUAAAAUUUUGGAUGAAGCAACUGAAAAAGAUAUGGAUUUAUACAUAGAUCUUGACUUUAAUGCUCGAGAAAACAUGAGACAGCAAAUACCUACUGAAAAUCAAAGAAGAACUGAUGUAUAUGAUACAAUUAAUGUAAAAAAUAAAUUUUGAUAUGCAUAUGAAAACUAAAAUUAGGAAUUAUGUUCCUAAUUAUCCAAGUUUACAUUUAAACACACUAUGGUUGACCAAUUAUUUAAGAUUUUAGUAUUAAGUCUGAUUAUCAAAUGAAAUGGUUAUCUUUUUUUAAACUGUUAAAAAUUUUAUUUGCUAUUUAAUUUGAAUUAAAACAGAUAAACAAUGUUUGGA